AUGGGAAAUAAAUCACAAAAAUAUGAAACAAAGGAUUCUUCUCAAUUACUCAUAAGUAUAUUUUCUAUUCAAAUCAGGCUAAUUUUCGAAGACUUUGGAUUCGUCACAAGUUGAAAAUUCAAAAAUAUUAGUUUACGAAAAUAAAUAAUCAUAAUGUUGCACUUGCUUUGGGCUAAUCAAAACUUAAGUUGUUGAAAUUAAACUUUUUUGGGUUGAUUACACCCAAAGAAAAUUAAAUUAAGGGGAUUUUAAACAUUAUGCAUGGGCAGAUUUAAUAAAAUUAAGUUUAUAGAACAUAGAUAUAAAUAAUUUUGAAGAUCAAUAAUAAAUCUUUUUAAAUACAAUAAAAAUGAUUAUAAGUAGCUAUGAAUCCAAUUCUUACUUUGAUUAAAACUAAAUUUCUAAUCAUUUUGAAUAAAUAAAAAUUAAUAUCUUUGAGUAUUACGAAGAAGAGGCUAAUACAAUUUUCGAAGAUAGAAAAAAAUCACGAAAAAAUGAGAAAUAAUUCUUUAAAGAAGUAAUGGGAGUAAUAAACUAAUAAAUUAAAAUUGCUAAUCAUCCAUGUGGAUUAAUUUUAUAAAUUUUUUAAAAUUAUAUUGUUGAUUAUGCUGGAUCUUAAGUUUGGUUUAGAGAUUCAUUUAGAAGAGAUAAAUAUAAGGAUUAAUUAAUCAAGAGUACUGAACUUUGUGAUGAAAUCAUAGCAUUUCUUAAAUUCUUUGUAAAUUGUAUUGACAGUUACUAUACAAUUGACUAAUUCAUCAAAUAAACUCAAUUAUUAAAUUGCUUUACCGGAAUAAAUUAAAUAGCAUUUGUAAUCAAUAUACUAUUUUUGGACGAACGAAUUUAUUUUAAAAUUUUAAAGGGUUUCUCUGAACUUUAUUCAUGUGAAAACUACAAAUAUUAAUCCAACUUAAAUCUGUUAAGACAUUAUAAUAUUGAAGAUUUUGAAGUUCAUAAGUUAUUAUAAUUAAAUUCAGAUUUUAAUAUAUCACAUUAACACUAAAUAUAAUUUUCUGAUUUUGGAGACUUAAUUUAACCUUAUUAAUCAGCAAUUGAUGUUUUAAAAUAGUUAGAGUAUAUUAAAUCACCAACAAAUUAAUUGAAAGUCAUAUCUUAGACUUUCUAAGAAAUCAAUAAUUGCAUAAAAGAAUAUUAUGAAAAUCAUCCUGAACUUGAAGCUUUAGAGAGCUAUGGUACGGAUGAUAUUGUUCCUAUUUUAACAUAUUUAAUUGUUAAAUGUAAUAUAAAAAAUUUUGGAAUCAUUUUAAAAGUAUUUUUAAUAUUUUAUUAGAUUAUUGAAGCAUUUACACCAAAACAAAUUAUGACUGGAAUACUUGGAUAUUACUUAGUGACUACAUAAGGUUGUUAUAUGAGAAUUUGUCAAUAUGGAAAAUAUGAGGAGGGUAGUAAUACUAUUUAAAAGUCUAAAUCAGAUGUCUACAAUUAAAAUUGA